GCGAACGACCAAUCGAGCGGUUCUCGGACAGGUCCGUACGGGUCGGUCGGUGCGCGCGGAGGAUCCAGUCGUUCCUGGCGUCGCUCUUGCCCCAAGAGAAGAGAGAGAACAUACAUGGAUACGUCACGCUCGUCUCGCGAUCGCUGAUCCUGCGAAGAACGUGGUGCGCGUCGCCGAGAAGUCGCGGGGACGGUACAAGCGGGUCGUCGCCUUAAACUCGUAGCGAGAGUAAGAGAGAGAGAGGGAGAGGGAGAUCGAAGAGCGCGCGCGAGGAGAGAGAGCCCGAUGGGUGUCAGGAGGACAGCGAGGGGACGAGGGCAGGCCUCGUACUCGCGCCUCGCGGUCGUCGCCGCAUCGUCGCGGACGCUGUCAUCGCGCCGUCAUCCCGUCAUCGUGUCGCGAUCCGCAACAUCGGCGCGCGGGUUCCUGUGCGCGCACGUCAAGCGCCAGGCGAAGUGUUUAUAACUGCACAGUGUUCUCGUCGGUGCUCGUGGCAGGAGGUACUGGAAAGGGCGGAGGAGAAGGAGGUAGAGGCUCGAAGAGAGAGAGAGAGAGAGAAGGGGAGAAGGAGAGUGGAUAGAGGGAGUGGAAGAAGGAGAGAGGAGAAGGAACGAUAAAGGGACAGGUGAAGCGUGAGGAGAGAAAAGGAGGCACGAGAGGAGCGAGAACGAGACGGAUAGCGUAUUUCUUCGGUCAAAGAGAGAGAGGGACGAUCGUAUCCCUGCACCCGCGACAACGGAAUCCCAGACUCCCCCUGUUGUUGAACAGUUGGUCGGAUUGGCAGUCUCGGAUAUCGUCCGCGAGAUUGAUUCCGGAUAACCUGUUCGCGCCAAAGUGUCAUCGGCUCGUCAGGCGUGACAGUCCGUCGAUUGGACAGAGCGCCGCGUCUUCACUUCCCGUCCUGUCCUGUCACUCGUCGCGUCAAGACGGAUCGCGAUGUUUACGGGCACGAUCAGGAUCGAGAUCUGCGAGGCGGUGGGGCUUCGCGCGACCGACAAGCAGCGCAAGUUCUGGCAGGAUGAGCCUAUACUCGAUCCUUACGUGCAGCUGGACGUCGACGAGAACCACCUGGAUCGCUCGUCCACGAAGCCAAAGACCUUCGACCCGGUGUGGAACGAGUCCUUCACCUACGAGGUGCAGGACGCGGUCAUGCUGGGCCUCACCGUCUUCCACGACGCGGCACUGCCGCCAGAUUACUUCGUUGCCAAUUGCAGCAUCCCGUUCGAGGAGCUCGUCAAUCGGAACGGCAAGACCACCGACUUCUGGGUUGACUUGGAACCUCAAGGAAAACUGAGAGUGAAAAUAGAUUUGCAAUGGAAUGAUCAAGAUCGGCAGUCGAGUUGCAGCACAGGAGGCGAUGGAGAAAGUAUUAGUGGUAGAAGCAUCAGCAGUAUCAGCACCAGCAAGGAACCGCGCCGAGAAUUUAAGGAAAGACAGGGCUUUUAUCGUCGGAGGGGUGCGAUGCGACGAAGGAUUCAUCAAGUGAACGGGCACAAAUUCAUGGCUACCUUUCUCAGGCAACCAACAUUCUGUUCGCACUGCCGUGAAUUCAUAUGGGGCUUGGGCAAGCAGGGCUAUCAGUGUCAAGUAUGCACUUGUGUAGUUCACAAAAGAUGUCACAAAUUGGUGAUAACCAAAUGUCCAGGAAUGAGAGAUGAGUCGAAUCAAGACACAGAAAGCCCGCGAUUCAGCAUAGACAUGCCACAUCGCUUUGUUGUUCAUAAUUACAAGAGAUUUACAUUUUGUGACCAUUGUGGAUCCCUAUUGUAUGGUUUAUUCAAGCAAGGUUUACAAUGCGAAGCUUGUAACAUGAACGUUCAUAAACGGUGUCAGAAGAAUGUACCAAACAGUUGCGGUAUCAAUACUAAAGCUAUGGCUGAUAUUCUGAAAACGAUGAACAUUUCUGCAGACAAGCAAGUCAAAACUCCGAAAAUCAAUUACAGAGUAUCUGCGUGUCCGCCAACACCUACAGUCACAGUUACGGAUGCAACGGACAUUUUACAAGCGAAAGGAGCGGAAACACCAAUUAAUGCCAAUGAAAACGCAGUGCCUGUUAAUGGCAGUGAACCAAGAAAAUUCGGUAUACACGAUUUUAAUUUUAUCAAGGUCCUCGGUAAAGGCAGUUUCGGUAAAGUGAUGCUAGUGGAACGAAAAACUAAUCCCGACGAGAUUUAUGCCGUGAAAAUUUUGAGGAAAGACGUCAUUAUUCAAGAUGAUGAUGUGGACUGCACAAUGACAGAGAAAAGAAUCUUGGCAUUAGCGGCUAAGCAUCCUUUUCUAACAGCCAUCCACAGUUGCUUCCAAACGACUGACCGACUCUUCUUUGUUAUGGAAUACGUAAAUGGAGGUGAUCUCAUGUUCCAUAUUCAGAAGGCUCGAAAGUUUGACGAAGCAAGGGCACGCUUCUACGCGGCGGAAGUGACACUCGCCCUUCAGUUUCUCCAUAAAAAUCACGUUAUAUAUCGCGAUCUAAAACUGGAUAAUAUACUGCUUGAUUCGGAAGGACAUUGUAAACUGGCGGACUUUGGAAUGUGUAAAGAAAAUAUAAUCGAAGGACAAACGACCACAUCGACAUUUUGCGGCACGCCUGAUUAUAUAGCUCCCGAGAUACUGCAGGAAUUGCAAUAUGGUGCCAGCGUCGAUUGGUGGGCUCUCGGUGUUUUGAUGUAUGAGAUGAUGGCUGGACAGCCACCGUUCGAAGCCGAUAAUGAGGAUGAACUCUUUGAAUCGAUUUUACGAGAUGAUGUAUUAUAUCCGAUAUGGAUUUCCAAGGAGGCCGUGUCUAUUUUGAAAGGUUUCAUGACUAAAAAUCCUGCCAAGCGAUUAGGUUGUGUCGUAGCCAAUGGUGGCGAAAAUGCCAUAAAGGUCCAUCCAUUUUUCCAACACAUGGAUUGGGAAGCGCUUGAAGCGCGCAGAGUGAAACCACCAAUUAGACCUAAAAUUAAAAAUGAGAAAGACGCUAUGAACUUUGAUACGGAAUUCACGAAGGAGGAUCCUGUAUUGACGCCGGAAGAUGCGGAGGAAGUGAGCUACAUCAAUCAAGAGGAAUUUCGCGGUUUUUCCAUGGUCAACAAGGACUUUAAUCCAGCCAGGUUUGCAGCGCAAUAAGAGAUGAUAAAUCACUGUGGAGGAUGUGGAACCGAAAAAUUAAUAUCGUCCUAAUACUUCCCGCUUAACAAGGUGGCGGAUGCGCUAAACAACGCAAAGUUGGAAAUCGGCGUUUUGAAGCUGCUCGAGGUCUCCUUUGGCCAAUUAGUCUGAUGGAGAUGAUACGUCUGUUCACUACGGGGAUGGAAGUCUUCGACUAAUUGAAGCACAUUGGUGGCGAUCCGAAAUACUGAGAAUUCGGAAAUGUUAGCCAAGCCAUCAAGAGAAUAUCAGAGUUUCAUUUUCUUGAGAAUUUGCGUUUUUGCGGAGAUAUUUUUUCACCGUUGCAGGAGCGCGACGAAUUGAUUCGGUACGAAUGCUAGAAGGGCGUAUUUUAUUAAGGCAUAUUGUGCGAGAUUGGCAGAAAUUGCAAAUUUUUUACUAUCAUUUUUGCGAUGAGCACUAGAGAGUCAGUGUUACCGGAAGUAGAAGCAGUAAUCGAGAGGAUUUUACGACUGUAUGAAAACAAAUUGCUGGGAAACGCAAUUACUGUUCAUUGUGGCGCGGUACAAAUGAAAGAAAAAAGAUAGGCUCUCGUACAAAAUGGUACGGACGAUCGCUGGGCGAUCAACCAAUUCACUUUUUAAAGUGAUACAUACUUAAAUUAUAUUUAAUGUUACUAGAAACGCGCAAUGAGAUUCCAAUUUCGUAUAGAUUUAUAUAAAAUAGGAGAUUGAACAAAUUUGAAAGAGGAGAAAUACCGGUCUUU